AUGUUGCCAUGUAACGUCACUGAGCCAAGCAACGGAACUGAGGUGGUUGUAGAUUGCACGGAGACCAACCUCAAAUAUAUCCCACCUGGCAUCCCACAAGAGACCACCAACCUGACGCUCACCAUAAACCACAUCCAUAGUUUAAACUCCUCCUCUUUUCAUGGACUGGAUAACCUGACAGAGAUUGACUUCAGCCACCUCUUCCUAUGGGACGUCUGGUACAUCUACCACUUCCUCAGGGCUAAACUCAAGGGUUAUAAGCGCAUCUCCUCCCCGGGUGCAGAGUAUGAUGCUUUUGUGAUAUAUGACAAAGAGGACUCAGCCGUGAUUGAGUGGGUCAUGAAGGAGAUGAGUGUUCAGCUGGAGACAAGCGGGGACCGCAGACUCACACUCUGCUUAGAGGACAGAGACUGGAUCCCUGGGUGUCCACUCAUCCACAAUCUCUCCCAGAGCAUCCACAAGAGCAAAAGAACUGUGUUUAUUCUCACUAACAGAUACAUUAAAAGUGGGAACUUCAAAACGGCGUUCUACAUGGCCAAUCAAAAACUUAUGGAUGAAAAGGAUGAUGUAAUUAUUCUCAUCUUCUUGGAGAAAGUGAGAGGAGGCGGCUUCCCACACCACACUGCAGCCGAGUCGUUCAUCUUCUACAGUCUCUGUCAGCGCGUAUCUGAUUUCAUCAAAAUGGGCGACAAACCUGACAUUUCAGAAGUGCAAGCCUUUGACAAGAGCAAGUUGAAGAAAACCGAAACUCAGGAGAAAAACACACUCCCAACCAAAGAAACAAUCGAACAGGAAAAGAGUGCAUGA